AUGCUUCCGAUGGUAUGCAAAGUAAAAACCAGCAAGUGCCAAGCAGAGGACUCCAUCCCUAUUACACAUGAAUGGUACCAGCCAGGGGACUUCCUCAUUGGUGGGAUUGCUUCUCUGACCAUUUACCUGAUUCAUGAAUUAACCUUCAAUGGUCAUCCUUCACAGAAGUUGUCCGAGGUACCACAAUUGAUGACAAAGUUCUACCAACACAUCCUGGCCUUGGUGUUUGCAGUCAGUGAGAUCAAUGAGAAUCCCAAAAUCUUGUCCAAUGUCACUCUUGGGUUCCACAUCUAUGACAGCUACUAUGAUGCGAAGAUGACCUAUCGUACUACUCUGGAUCUGUUGUUCAAAUCGCAUAGAUAUUUUCCAAACUAUGAAUGUGACCUGCAGAAAAAUGUAAUGGCCGUCAUCGGGGGACUUGAUUCUGAUGUUUCCUUCUAUAUGGCAAACAUCCUACAUCUUUACAAGAUUCCACAGCUCCCAUAUGGCUCAUUGCCCCUUAAGGAGAAGGAUGCAACACAAUUGAGUUCCCUUUUCCACAUGGCUCCUAAGGCAUCCCAUCAGUAUAUGGGCAUUAUCUGGUUGCUUCAGCAUUUCGGAUGGACGUGGGUGGGGCUCUUUGCUGCCGAUGAUGAUGGUGGAGAACUUUUUCUGCAGGUCCUGGAGCCCUUGCUCUCCCAGAAUGGAAUCUGCUUGGCCUUCAAAGAAAGGAUCAUACACCGAGAACAUAUUAAUUCCUUUCAUGAUAUUAUUGGUGUAGUCUCAAAUGUAUAUGUGCCUCUCAUCAAUAGCAAAGCCAGUGCAAUUAUUCUGUAUGGAGAAUCUUUCACGGUUCCAUCACUCAUCACUCUUCUGUUAAUAGGCAACCCUAGACAUAAGGAAAAUACCUCCUUAAUGAAAGUGUGGGUGAUGACAGCCCAGCUUGACUUUGCCUUAUCAGGCCUUCAAAGGACAUGGGAUUUGGAAUACUUCCAUGGUGCUAUUGUCUUCAAGAGGCACUCAAAUGAGCUUCUGGAAUUACACAAAUUUCUUCAGGACAUAAAACCUCCCGGGAAACAUGGAGAUGGUUUCUUCAAGGACUUCUGGGAGCAAGCAUUUGACUGCAUAUUUCCAAAUGCCUUGGAACCUAUGAAUGUUAGUGAUACAUGUACCGGGCAGGAGAGGCUGGAGAGCCUCCCUGGGCCAGUUUUUGAAAUGCGCAUGACUGGUCACAGCUACACCAUCUAUAAUGCUGUUUGUGCUGUGGCACAUGCUUUGCAUUCUAUAUAUGCUUUCAGAUCAAACCACAGACCUAAGGUGGGCAGGAAAAGAGGUGAAACAAUAUCCUUUACAAAUGGCAGAGGAAUGGGGGCUUCAUUGGACAUAAUGAACAUGGUCACUUUCCCAAACAAAUCCUUCCAGAUGGUUAAGAUUGGAAAUGUGGAUCCCAGUGGUGCUGAAGGGAAAGACUUCAUGAUUCAAGAGGAUAUGAUUGUCUGGCCAAGAGGUUUUAAUGAGGGACCACCCCUGUCUUUGUGUACUGACCGCUGCAAGCCUGGCGACCAGAAGAAAAGAAGGGAAGGGGAGAAAUUUUGCUGCUAUGAUUGCGUUCCGUGCCCAGAAGGGAAGAUCACAGGCCAGGAAGAUAUGGAGGACUGUAUCAGGUGUCCAGAAGAUCAAUAUCCAAGCAUGGAGCGUGAUCGAUGUGUGCCCAAAAGACUAAGCUUUCUCUCUUAUCAAGAACCUUUAGGGAUCGGUUUGACUGCCAUUACUCUUUCUUUUUUGCUGAUCACAUCUUUUGUUCUAGCAAUUUUUGUUAUGCACAACAAUACCCCCAUAGUUAAGGCCAACAACCGCGAUACUACCUAUACACUCCUUGUUUCCCUUUUGCUCUGCUUCCUGUGUUCCUUGCUCUUUAUUGGACAGCCCAGGAAGAUGACCUGUUUCAUCCAACAAUCUGCUUUCAGCAUCAUCUUCUCAGUGGCUGUGUCUUGUGUCUUGGCCAAAACCAUCACUGUGGUGGUAGCUUUCAUGGCUACCAAACCAGGAUCCAACAUGAGGAAGUGGGUAGGGAAAAGACUGACCAACUCCAUUGUCCUUUCCUGUUCACUUAUAGAAGCAGCCAUUUGCAUAGUGUGGCUAGCAACCUCUCCCCCAUUCCCAGAUUUGGACACACGGUCCCUGACUAGGGAGAUCAUAGCUCAGUGCAAUGAAGGAUCCGUCCUCCUAUUUUAUAUUUCUCUGGGCUACAUGGGAAUUCUGUCCUUCAUCAGCUUGACUGUGGCUUUCCUUGCCAGAAAACUGCCAGACAGCUUUAACGAAGCCAAGUUCAUCACCUUCAGCAUGCUGGUGUUCUGCAGUGUUUGGUUGUCUUUCAUUCCGACCUACCUGAGCACCAAAGGGAAAUACAUGGUAGCCGUGGAGGUCUUCUCCAUCUUGGCAUCCAGCGCUGGGAUAUUGGCCUGUAUCUUUUCUCCAAAAUGCUACAUUAUUGUUCUGAGGCCUGAUCUGAAUAAAAGGAACCAGCUAAUUAGAAGAAAGAAUCAAUAA